UGUCUGGCCCCGAGUGCCUGCCGGCGGCGGGUGGAGGUGCGCGCCUGGGCAGGGAAAAUGGACUUCGCCCGCCUCUGGCUGGGGCUGCUGCUGCCUUCGGUAGCUGCGCUGGAUUUCGGCUACCACCACCAGAAGGGGAUGGAAGAGUUUUUGAAGAAUGUGGCCCAAAACUACAGUUCUAUCACUCGCUUACACAGUAUUGGGAAAUCUGUGAAAGGCAGAAACCUAUGGGUUCUUGUUGUGGGGCGCUUCCCAAAGGAGCAUAGAAUUGGGAUUCCAGAGUUCAAAUACGUGGCCAACAUGCAUGGAGAUGAGACUGUUGGGCGGGAGCUGCUGCUCCAUUUAAUUGAACAUCUCGUAACCAAUGAUGGAAAAGAUGUUGAAAUCACAAAUUUAAUCAACAGUACCCGGAUACACUUGAUGCCUUCAAUGAACCCAGAUGGAUUUGAAGGUGUCGUAAAGCCUGACUGUUUCUACAGUAACGGAAGGGAAAAUAGUAACUACUAUGACCUGAAUAGAAACUUCCCGGAUGCUUUUGAACUUAAUAAUGUAUCGAGGCAGCCUGAAACCGCAGCUGUCAUGGAGUGGCUGAAAACAGAGACGUUCGUCCUCUCUGCAAACCUCCACGGCGGCGCCCUGGUGGCGAGUUACCCGUUUGACAAUGGUGUUCCAGCAACUGGGACGUUAUACUCCCGUAGCAUAACCCCUGAUGACGAUGUGUUUCAACACCUUGCACAUACCUAUGCUUCAAGAAAUCCCACCAUGAAGAAAGGAGAUCAGUGUAAAACUAAGAUGAACUUUCCUAAUGGAAUUACAAAUGGCUACUCUUGGUAUCCACUCAAAGGUGGAAUGCAAGAUUACAACUACAUCUGGGCCCAGUGUUUUGAAAUUACAUUGGAGCUGUCGUGCUGUAAAUAUCCUCAUGAGGAGAAGCUUCCAUUCUUCUGGAAUAAAAACAAAGCCUCAUUGAUUGAAUAUAUAAAACAGGUGCACCUAGGUGUAAAGGGUCAAGUUUUUGAUCAGAAUGGAAAUCCGUUACCCAAUGUAAUUGUAGAAGUCCAAAACAGAAAACAUAUCUGCCCUUAUAGAACCAACAAAUUUGGAGAGUAUUAUCUCCUUCUCUUGCCUGGGUCCUACAUAAUAAAUGUUACAGUCCCAGGGCAUGAUCCAUACCUCACAAACGUGGUUAUUCCAGAAAAAUCCCAGAACUUCAGUGCUCUUAAAAAGGAUAUUUUACUUCCAUUCAGAGUGCAACUGGAUUCUAUCCCAGUAUCAAAUCCUUCAUGUUCUAAGAUUCCUCUAUAUAGUGAUUUGCCAAGCCAGUCAGAGGCAACAAAGCCUAGUCUGUUCUUAUUUUUAGUGACUGUCUUUCACAUAUUUGUCAAAUAA